AGAGAAAGAAGAACCAUGGCUUGAAGGAAAAGAAAAGCUUCUGACGAAGAAGAAGAAGAAGAAGAAGAUGUUCAGGAAUCAGUACGACACAGACGUGACGACAUGGAGCCCAACAGGUCGUCUGUUCCAAGUAGAAUACGCCAUGGAAGCAGUGAAGCAAGGCUCAGCCGCAAUUGGACUCAGAUCUCGCUCCCAUGUAGUCCUGGCGUGCGUCAACAAAGCCCAAUCUGAGCUCUCGUCGCAUCAGAAGAAGAUCUUCAAAGUGGAUGACCACAUAGGCGUCGCAAUCGCUGGACUCACUGCGGAUGGACGUGUUCUCUCCCGUUAUAUGAGAUCGGAAGCUAUCAAUCACUCCUUCACAUAUGAGUCUCCACUUCCCGUUGGUCGUCUCGUUGUUCAUCUUGCUGAUAAGGCUCAGGUCUGCACCCAAAGAUCAUGGAAACGACCCUAUGGCGUGGGUUUGUUGGUAGGUGGACUGGAUGAGUCUGGAGCCCACCUUUACUACAACUGCCCCAGCGGAAACUACUUCGAGUAUCAAGCUUUUGCUAUCGGGUCCCGUUCUCAAGCUGCAAAGACCUACCUGGAACGCAGGUUUGAGAGCUUUGCGGAUUCCUCAAGAGAAGAUCUGAUCAAAGAUGCGAUUUUGGCUGUUAGGGAGACACUGCAGGGAGAAACACUCAAGAGUUCUCUGUGCACCGUAUCUGUUCUAGGUGUUGGUGAACCAUUCCACUUCUUGGACCAGGAAACGAUACAGAAUGUGAUCGAUACGUUUGAGAAAGUUGCAGAUGAAGAGGAAGGAGAAGGUGAGGCCGAACCUGCUGCACCCGCAGAAGAGGGUGGUGAUGGUACAGGUGACCAAGACGUGGCUCCAAUGGAAACCUAAGGCUUUUGUGUGUAACACUGGAAUUAUUUUAUCAUUUACUUUUGGAUAAUUUCAUAUGAAUCAUUUGCAAAUGGCUGCGUCUGGAAAUCUCGUGGAGUUGAAAUCAAUUUAGUCAUUGCUGCCCGCUGAGACUUGUAUUAUUUUAGUCAUUUUGAUUCAAAGUUCUUAUUUAGUCCGACAA